GGGGGGGGGGGGUGUAAUCUGGUUGCUAUGGCGACGGGAGGCCGGGCCCGGGCUGGGAUCGCAGCGAUGUCUGAGCGAGAGCGGGAGCCGGGCCCGGCCUGCCCCCCCGGCCUGUACGACACCUCCUCUCUGCUUCGCUUCUGCCACGAUGACAGCCUGUCCGGGAGCGGCAUGGAGGUGGACGACCGCGUGUCGGCGCUGGAGCAGCGGCUGCAGCUGCAGGAGGACGAGCUGGCUGUACUGAAGGCGGCGCUGGCCGACGCCCUGCGCCGGCUCCGCGUGUGUGAGGAGCAGGGAACGGCGAUCCGCGCGCGCGCGACCCCCAAAGGCCGAGCCCCGCUGCGCCUGGGCCCCGCAGCCACAGUAUGCCAGCUCCUGAAAGGCUUCCCCUCCCGAUCCUCGGUGAAUGGCGUGCUGACCCCCAGGCGCCCUGGGGGCUACGCCACCUCGCCCUCCUCCCCCAAGAAGGAAGCGACCUCGGGGAGAAGCCACAGCGGGCGGCGUUGCCCUUCUCCGGAACGCCUCUCCUCGGUCCGCCGGGAUGAGCGCAGCCGCACCACAUCCUCCAGCAGCAACUGCAGCGGCAAGAAGGACGGCAAGACCAAAGAAGUUAUCUUCAGCCUGGAGGAGGGAUCCGUGAAGAUGUACCUUCGGGGCCGCCCGGUGCCCAUGCUGAUCCCCGACUCUCUGGCGCCCACUUACAGCCUGGACACGCGCCCAGAGCUCCCUGCUAAGCGAUUCAAGUUGGACUGGGUCUACGGGUACCGGGGGCGGGACUGCCGGGCCAACCUCUACCUGCUGCCCACGGGGGAGAUCGUGUACUUCGUGGCCUCCGUGGGCGUCCUCUACAGCGUGGAGGAACAGAGGCAGCGCCACUAUCUGGGCCACACCGACGACAUCAAGUGCCUGGCAGUUCAUCCUGACAUGGUCACCAUCGCCACGGGACAAGUGGCUGGGACCACCAAAGAGGGCAAGCCACUGCCUCCCCACGUGAGGGUCUGGGACUCGGUUUCCCUCUCUACUCUGCACGUGCUAGGUCUGGGUGCUUUUGACCGAGCUGUCUGUUGUGUGGGCUUCUCCAAGUCAAAUGGAGGGAACCUACUCUGUGCUGUGGAUGACUCCAACGACCACGUGCUGUCUGUGUGGGACUGGGCCAAGGAGCAAAAAGUGACUGAAGUCAAGUGUUCCAACGAGGCCGUCCUGGUAGCCACCUUCCAUCCCACUGAGCCCAACCUCAUCAUCACUUGUGGGAAGUCCCACAUCUACUUCUGGAACCUUGAAGGAGGAAACCUGAGCAAGAGGCAAGGGAUCUUUGAGAAACAUGAGAAGCCCAAGUACGUGCUGAGUGUCGCCUUCACUGAGGGCGGCGAUGUGGUCACUGGAGAUUCCAGUGGCAACAUCUACAUCUGGGGAAAAGGGGGGACUCGGAUCAGCCAGGCGGUGCCCGGGGCCCACGAGGGCGGUGUCUUCGGCCUGUGCGUCCUGCGGGACGGGACGCUGGUGUCUGGGGGCGGCCGAGACCGGCGCGUGGUGCUCUGGGGGCGGGACUACAGCCAACUGCAGGAGGUUGAGGUCCCAGAGGCCCUUGGGCCAGUGCGCACAGUGGCAGAAGGCCGGGGAGAUGAGCUGUUUGUGGGCACAACCCGCAACUCCAUCCUUCGGGGCUCCAUCCACACUGGUUUCUCUGCCCUGGUCCAGGGCCACACUGAGGAGCUCUGGGGUCUGGCUGCCCACCCCAGCCGAAGCCAGUUUGUCACCUGUGGCCAGGACAAGCAAGUACACUUGUGGAGUGCCGAUUCCCACCAACCCAUAUGGAGCAAGAUCAUAGAGGAUCCUGCCCGUUCAGCUGGCUUUCACCCCAGUGGUUCUGUCCUGGCUGUGGGUACAGUCACUGGCAGGUGGCUCCUCCUGGACACCGAGACCCACGACCUCGUAGCCAUCCAUACAGAUGGUAACGAGCAGAUCUCCGUGGUCAGCUUUUCCCCAGAUGGGGCGUUCCUGGCCGUGGGCUCCCACGACAACCUAGUGUACGUGUACAGUGUGAGCGAGGGAGGCCGCAAAGUCGCCCGGCUGGGGAAAUGCUCGGGUCACUCCAGCUUUAUAACACAUCUGGACUGGGCAGAGGACAGCUCCUGCUUUGUCACCAACUCAGGGGACUAUGAGAUCUUGUACUGGGAUCCAGCCACAUGUAAGCAAAUCACGAGCGCAGACAUGGUGCGGAAUGUGGAGUGGGCGACAGCCACCUGCGUCCUGGGAUUCGGCGUGUUCGGGAUCUGGUCUGAGGGAGUCGAUGGCACUGACAUCAAUGCAGUGGCCCGUUCCCACGAGGGGACGCUGCUGGCUUCGGCGGAUGAUUUCGGCAAAGUGCAUCUGUUCGCCUAUCCUUGUUCUCAUCCCAGGGCACCAAGCCACAAAUACGGGGGCCACAGCAGCCACGUGACCAACGUGGCCUUCCUGUGGGAUGAUUCGGCUGCUCUUUCAGCUGGUGGCAAAGACACCAGUGUCUUGCAGUGGCGGGUGGUCUGAGCCUCCGUGGUCCGGAGAGGCCACGGGGAAAGAGAGCCCCUGAACAUGGCUGGGACAUUCUUUGAUUAUGUAGGAGAGAAAUAUAAUAUAUAAACCAGAAUCUAUAUGUAGAGAGAGAGAGAUUUAUAUAUAUAAUAUAAUAUAAUAUAUAUAUAUAUAUAUAUAUAUGAAAGA